AAGGGACGCCGCCCCUGCGCCCGCCCGCCCCUUUUUCCCUGGCUCUCCCAGUCAGGCGGCUGCGCUGUCACCCCGCCCAGGCGCCGCGGGGCCCUGAGGAGCCGGCGUGCCGGGCACUGAUUGGAGAAGCCGCUUGACAACCGCAGCCAGGGCUCUGCCGCCACUACACAAGCCGGGCCAGGAAGGCGAGGAGCAGCUGGGCGCCAGGCUGCUGGCGACGGGACCCUCUUCCCCUCCUUCCCUCCCUGCCACUACCCCGGUGGCGAGGCUCCGCUUGCCGCCAUUUUGCGCGCCCCCGCCAGCCCCGGUCUCCCCUCGCCGCUUUGGGAGGGAGCCUCCCCUGAGUCUUUCACAAUGACGGCAGAAGAGACAGUGAAUGUAAAAGAAGCUGAAAUAGUCAAGCUAAUACUGGAUUUUUUGAAUUCAAGAAAACUUCAUAUCAGUAUGUUGGCUCUGGAGAAAGAAAGUGGAGUAAUUAAUGGACUGUUCUCAGAUGAUAUGCUUUUCUUAAGACAGUUGAUCCUUGAUGGUCAGUGGGAUGAGGUUCUUCAGUUCAUCCAACCUUUGGAGUGCAUGGACAAAUUUGAUAAGAAAAGGUUUCGCUAUAUCAUACUGCAGCAGAAGUUUCUAGAAGCCUUAUGUGUAAACAAUGCAAUGUCUGCAGAAGAUGAGCCUCAACAUUUGGAAUUUACAAUGAAAGAGGCUGUACAGUGCCUACAUGCUCUGGAAGAAUAUUGUCCUUCUAAAGAAGACUAUAGCAAACUGUGUUUACUUCUCACAUUGCCUCGUCUGACCAACCAUGCAGAAUUCAAAGACUGGAACCCAAGCACCGCACGAGUUCACUGUUUUGAAGAGGCUUGCGUCAUGGUAGCUGAGUUCAUUCCUGCUGAUAGAAAACUAAGUGAGGCUGGCUUUAAAGCAAGCAACAAUCGUUUGUUUCAGCUUGUGAUGAAGGGGCUAUUGUAUGAAUGUUGUGUGGAGUUUUGUCAGAGUAAAGCAACAGGAGAAGAAAUUACGGAGAGUGAAGUGUUGCUCGGCAUUGACCUUUUAUGUGGUAAUGGGUGCGAUGACUUGGACCUUAGUUUGUUGUCAUGGCUUCAGAAUCUGCCCUCUACUAUUUUUUCUUGCGCUUUUGAACAAAAGAUGCUGAAUAUUCAUGUUGAUAAACUCCUAAAACCUACAAAAGCCGCCUAUGCUGACCUUUUGACUCCCCUCAUCAGUAAACUUUCUCCUUACCCAUCCUCACCCAUGAGGAGGCCUCAAUCUGCUGAUGCUUACAUGACGCGUUCCUUGAACCCUGCCUUGGAUGGACUCUCCUGUGGAUUGACAAUUAAUGAAAAACGCAUCACAGAUCUUGGGACAAAAACAUCUCCCAUGUCUCAUUCCUUCGCUAACUUCCAUUACCCAGGAGUACAGAAUCUUACUCGAAGUCUAAUGUUAGAAAAUACAGAUUGCCACAGUAUUUACGAAGAGUCACCUGAGCGAUGUGACACGCCAGUGGAUCCCCAGCCUUUGUCAGGCAGUGAGACUGUGUGCCAGAACUCAGUUCCAGAAAAAGAGCCAGCAAAUGGAACACAGAAUCAAGGACCAGCCAAGCAAGAAAAAAAUGAGCUUCGUGAUUCAACAGACCAAUUUCAGGAAUAUUACCGACAGCGAUUACGAUACCAGCAGCACUUAGAACAGAAGGAGCAACAGCGACAACUAUAUCAGCAAAUGUUAUUAGAAGGAGGGGUAAACCAGGAGGAUGGUUCAGAUGCACAGCAAAAUCUUACAGAGCAGUUUCUUAACAGGUCUGUUCAGAAGUUGGGGGAGUUAAAUAUGGGAAUUGACAAUCUGGGAAAUGAUGUGCAAACACUAAACCAGCAUUGCAGUGGCAGCAAAGGAACCGUAUCCAUCCUUCCAGAUUCUAGUCAGAGAACAGCAAAUGCUAAUGUACAGUUCAGUACAAGCACACCUCAGAAACUUGGGUCCACUAAUCAGAUACCCUCUCUUGAAGAAUCACCUGUCCAUGGAAAUAAAAUAAUGCCAGAGCAUGGUGCCAUUCCAGCACAACGUGAAGAUUCUCCAGGGAAUUUAACAAGAGCAAGUGGUGAUGAGGAUGACAAAUCAAAAAAGCAAUUCAUUUGUGUCAAUACCCUAGAAGAUACACAAGCUGUCAGAGCUGUGGCUUUUCAUCCAAGUGGCACUCUUUAUGCUGUUGGCUCAAAUUCUAAAACUUUAAGAGUAUGUGCCUAUCCAGAACUCCAGGAAUCAAGCUCCUCCUCUGCUGUUCCUCGAAAACUGGUAUUUGACUUAGGCAGAUCUUCGCAGUCUUCCUCUGUAAAGAUGACAACAAAUGAUAGUAACACUCCUAAGCAGCCCGCGGUACGUUUCAAAAGGAACAAACAUCACAAAGGAUCAAUCUAUUGUGUGGCCUGGAGUCCCUGUGGACAAUUGCUGGCAACUGGUUCCAAUGACAAAUAUGUUAAAGUGCUACCUUUCAAUGCAGACACCUGCAAUGCAACAGGGCCAGAUUUGGAAUUCAGCAUGCAUGAUGGAACCAUUAGGGAUUUAGCUUUUAUGGAAGGUCCCGAAAGUGGUGGUGCCAUUUUAAUAAGCGCUGGAGCUGGGGACUGCAAUAUUUAUACAACAGACUGCCAGCGAGGGCAAGGCCUCCAUGCUCUGAGUGGUCAUACUGGUCACAUUUUAGCACUUUAUACAUGGAGUGGAUGGAUGAUAGCGUCUGGCUCCCAAGACAAGACCGUACGAUUCUGGGAUCUCAGAGUACCUAGUUGUGUUCGCGUUGUUGGAACAACUUUUCAUGGAACUGGCAGUGCUGUGGCAUCAGUAGCUGUAGAUCCUAGUGGUCGUCUUCUAGCUACAGGCCAGGAGGAUUCCAGCUGCAUGCUGUAUGAUAUUCGUGGAGGGCGAAUGGUGCAGAGUUACCAUCCUCAUUCCAGUGAUGUCCGUUCUGUCCGCUUUUCCCCUGGGGCUCAUUACCUUCUCACGGGUUCUUAUGAUAUGAAAAUAAAAGUGACAGACUUGCAAGGGGACCUUACCAAGCAGCUCCCAACGAUGGUGGUAGGGGAGCAUAAAGACAAAGUGAUUCAGUGCAGAUGGCAUACACAAGAUCUUUCCUUCUUGUCAUCUUCUGCAGACAGAACUGUAAAACUCUGGACCUAUAACGGCUAAAGAGUAGUUUUUAAGCCUACAGAUAAAGCACACACAUUUAAGACUAUUGGAACAUUAAAUUAGGCAUUAAAAAGAGCAGCAUUUGAUCAGGAAAGCAUCUCAUGGAGCAGAGAUGUUUCCCUUCAGUUACCUGAUUGCUAGGAGGUGUUGGUGUGUGAUAGUAUUAUUGUUCAGUGCUUUCCAUGUGAUCUCAUGCUGCUGUGACCUAUCGUAGUCUUGUUGCCGAAGUCUGUGGAACAAGCUCUUGCAAUGUCAGUGUGCACUCCAAAAGACUAAUUAUGUGUUUACAGUUUAGUGUUUAUUGCAUUCUCUGGUCUUUGCCUCUAUGACUAUUUUAUUUUCUACAGGAAUAAAAACUGAUUCAUAAUUAACUCAAGUUCACAUGAAAUAUCGCUAGGUCCACACAAAAUAGAUUUUUUUAAAACAACAACUAGUUAUGCUGUAUUCUACACCAUUGCUUACAUCACAUCUUAACUAGUGGUCAAAUUUGUUUUGCAUCAAAAUUUCAUAUUUUGAUUUUAGUAUCUAUAAUUGUGAACUUGAAAGGUGGUUAGGUAGUGGCUGACUCUUGAUCACAGUCCAUUAGGUAUAAUAUGUUGGUUUUUAACUGGGAUUGUUUUGAUUGGAUGUUCUACACUCCUAAGCUUUAGGUGGGGAAAAAGCCUAUUGGUUUGCUGAAGAGAUGUUAAAACUUUUGAAUGCAACAAAAUACCUCUUUGUAAGGUACUGUAGGAAAGAAAGCAUGCAGUUGGAUAAGGUUGGUAACAGUAAUUUUAAUAACUACAGCCACGAUCCCUCAAACCCUCAUGCACACAUGGGAGAAAACUAUAUGCAGCUAGAGAUUUCUCUGAAGUUUCUAUCAGAACUGAUUGUAUUGCUGAAGAUUUUAAUAUAUAUGAAGCGGAGAAGUAGCUUGCUAUUGUAACUCUGGAAAUGACUAUGAUGAAGUCUUCAAAGCAACCUCUGGCUGCACAUGCUGUUUCUCCUGUGUGUGCAUGUAGAGUACCAUAUUAAAGGCAACAGCAUGGCUUGAAAUGCUAUGUCUGCAUGAUAAUGUAAAAGUAAAUGAUUUCCCAGUUCAGAGGCUUAUUUGAAUUUUUUUUAUUUCUUGCACUGUCUAUAUAAUACAGAAUUACAAAUUUAUUUCUAAAUAUCUUUUAGAGUAUUAUGUUUUAUGUAUUGUUUAUAUUUUCAUAUUGUACAGUUAUGCUUUUAAAUUAAAUUCUUGAAUAUUUAGGUUAUUUAUUUGAAGUACAGUUAAGACUUGGUUCUUAUUAAUAAAUUAUGUGCACUGUAGCAAGACCUUUUUAACUAUCAUAAAAAGUUGAGGUUACCAUAGAAAUGUAUAUGUGCUUUAAACUCAAUAAAGACUUUGACACCUGAUAGAGAAA